GAGUCGAACGCAAACAAAGAGUGCCUUUCCCUUUCGUGGAUUACGUACCUUACCAAGCUUUCGCUCCUCUUUGCCUUUUAGAUCCUCUAGGGUUCCAGGUGUGACUUUAGAGUAGCGUGAAGCCCUCGUUCCGAACUACUCUUGACGUCGCUCUCUUUCUCUCUCUGCGUGGGCCUUUUUACGCAUCUUUCCUUCCACCGCCGUUGCGACAAAUUACAGUUUCUUCCGUAGUUGUCCAGAAUGUCCAAUGCAGACCGACGUUCUAGUGCUCGUGGGGGUUCUUCGCCCAGCAGAUAUGUCCCACCGGGCCUCGACGCUUCCGCUGAAGAUAGCCGCAAGCACAUUAUGGAGACGGACGAUUAUCAUAACCAACCGCCCAAAUCGCAACGUUUGACGGGAAAAAUAUCGACCCUCUUUCGUCGGGAAGUGUCCGGAUCGGCGUCCCGUAGAGUACCUCAGGUACCCGUGUCGGUGCCUCCCACCACCAUUCCCCCGACAGCCGCUGUCGUCGCGGCGAAAUCCAACAAUGCUCCGGAAGAGGUUGACCCACGAUUGGGUGCUUUGUCCGGAUCGAGUCGCGCAUCCACUCGAGUCUUUUACAGUUCCAACGGAGACGACGAUUCGGAAGAUUCCUACGUUUCGCGGGCCUCCCGCCAUUCGGCGCAGCUCAACGACAGCGCCCGCAGCGCCAGUGUCUGUUCCACCAGCACUUACACAAGCUUACCCGAUGACGUCAAGACUAUUCUGCGUUACCGCGGAUUUUCCACCUCGAUUGAAUCGCUCUUUCUGGACGAGUCUCUCGUGUGUGCCAGUAUGGGCUGUUUCGGUCUGGUUUUGUCCAACCGUACCGAGUACCUACUCCAGCUCCGUAACGAACGCCGGGGGACGACGAGUCCGCGCAACAAAAGCGAUGAGUUCCCCCGGACACACCUUUCCAAAACUCCCUCCCGUGCGAUUGCUUGGGGCCUCGUUGUCACCGUAUUAGCCAUGUUCGCCACCUCGGUCGUUCUGGGAUUCGGGGCCGGCCACAGUCUCGCAGCGGAGUACGCCAAAGGAUACGACUACGUCAAGAUAAACAAGGGUGUCUACGCGACCGAUGAUGCCGUCGUUACGGACGACGAAUUCGCCGACGGUAACAAUGCCACCAUUGAGUGGGACGAUUACUUGGCCCAAAAUGACGGGUACUACAACAACCGCAACCAGAAUUACAACAAUCGCAACUACUACACCAACGACGACGGUAAUCCCAACGAGGAAAACGGAGGAAACGAUGGUUACAACUACUACGGCGGCGACGACACCGCGAUCAGCGGUGAUGAUAGCUACGGGAAUCGAGCGAGGCGAGUGCAAGUCGAAGUAAAUGCGGUACCACGCUCCCAGAACGGAAUAUUCAAACUUCGCGACGCCCAGAACUUUUGGAAUCCGGUGGUAAAGUUCGUGAAAGCCGAGUGGAAUCGACCGGACGAAGCGCUCGUUCCGUCUCGCGUCCGUCGCAAUGAAGAGAGUGAAUCUUCCACCGAAAACAAUGAAGAAUACGAGGAAACCAAACGCGGACGGGACCUGGCCUCCGACAUUCGCAUUGGACUGUUCAUUUCCUUUUUGCUCUUUCUGGGAACUUUGGGACGUCGCCGACGCAUUCGUACCCGAUUUUACCUGACUCGAGCCCGGGCCCAGGAAGAUCACCUACUCUAUGCUUCCUCCAAAGCGGAUGCCGCCCACAAGGUGGCUUUUGAAGACACCCGAGAGGAUCAGUACGAGGUAGGCUGUACUCAUGGCCUCUGUGGUUGCUACCCCGCCGACGAAAUAGUGACUGAUGUCCAGGACGAUGAAGAAGUGGAAGUAACCGACACGGGCAUUUUCCGACGGAAAAAGAAGCCGCACCAUCAGGAUGUCGUUUCCCGGGCCUUUAGCUGUCUAAUGUCCAUUUGCUGCGGAUUUGCCUGUCAAUGUUGGUGUCAGGCGUUGUCUGUUUGCGCCUUGGCCCAGGAAGCCCGUGAAAUACGUCUGUUGGUGCCGUCUCGAUACCAACGGGUAGACUUCAUCACGCACCAACCCUUCCACGAAUACCAAAAAGCGGUGCAAGAUUUGCGGAUAGGAUAUAUGGCCGCUGCGCGGACCAAAUCGGCAAAUCCCAUGUUGCAUUGGGUAGCCCUGAGUACGCUUAGUCGAUAUAUCAUGCUGUCGUUUGUAGUGGCAACGACCUUCAUCGUCGGUACACUACUGCUCAACCCCAGGGUUGCAUUUUCGUGGGAAGAUAUUGUUCUAUUGGCGGCAACGUUUCUCCAAAGUUUCUUGGUUCUGUUCGUGGUACACUGGAUUUUCCAUAAGAGUGAUUUGAGUCUGGAUGCCGUUAUUAAAUUAUUUGCCGCUGGCUUUUGCGUGGCGGUCCCCGCCGCCUUUGUCUUUGAGGGACUGUUGGUCAAUUGCAUCCUAUUGGGCGUCUGGAGCGUGUACGAAAUGUUUGCACUCGUUUUUGGUGCAGACUUUGAGGAUUGGGUGUUUGAGUACCGUCUAUUCUUUUGGAUUUUUGGCGAAUUCUGUAACGCAUACAUGGUGGCCGCCGUCCUAGAGGAGCUAUGCAAGUAUUACGCCUUUCGAGCAGUUGAGCAUCCCGAUUUGAUUUUUCUAACUGGAUUGGACCGCUCUGAGCAGGAUGAAACAACCACCAAUGGUGGGGCGGUCGCGUAUCCCUUUGCAGCUCACAAAGUGCAAGAACUCAAUCGGGAAGGCUUGUUUGAAGAAUUUCAUGCCAGCCCUUCACGAGAAAAGCAACAGAAUCAGCGAUCCAAUUUGGGUGAUCUCAUUCAUCCAGAAGCAGAAUUUGAGAACGCCCAUAAAGACUUUCGCACGCACCGUCAAAAAGCCAUGGCCAUCACAAUUGGAAUGAUUAGCGUGGCCGUUGGUCUGGCUUGUGCGGAAAACUUCAUAUACGUGUUUGUACUCGGAGGAGGGCCGGGCAGCGGCAAUGCCGACGAGGCCACCGGUGACAUUUUUCAAGAGUGGAUUGUGUUAUUCUUUCGUUCCAUCUUCCCGAUCCACGCGUUGGGUGCCGCCUUACAAAGCAUCAAUAUGAUCCGAAAAUUUGUGGAGGGUGAGAAAGAUGAUGGUCAUCGGAUUGGAGUGGGUCGCAUAGUACUCCCCGCCAUCAUUCUACACGGAAGUUUCGAUGCAAUUUUGAUGGGAAUCAAUGUGUUCAUUGAGACGGCAUGGGACAACUAUCUGGAUGAGAACGAGGGUAAUGCUGGUGGUGGCGAUCCUUACAACAAAUUUGUAGUCAACCUCGUUGCUUGGAUCGGUAUCAGCGGAGUGAUGCUUCUAGGAGUGUUGUGGUACUUCGUCAACUAUCGGUCCCAGCGAUUACGGCUGAUUGAGCUAGAAGAAAAGAUGAAAGCCAGACUAAAGGAGCCUAAUUGGGUUCCAGCCACAGCCAACACGGAAAUUGUAUGA